AUGACACACAAUCUUGAAAAGGCGUCCCCAUCAUCGAAAAAGGACAAGGUUAGUCUAGAAAAGGCAUCAAGAUCAGCAACACAAACAAGACCAUUAACAACAUCAGCAACAUCAACAAAGCAAUCAACAACAUCAUCAACAUCAACAGUCAACAUCAACAUCAUCAACAAAACAAUCAUCACCAUCAGUAACAUCAACAAGCCCAGCCUCAUCAAUAACACCUGCAACAUAUAUCAGUUAUCAGCAAAAAUCAACAGCAUCAGCAACAUCAACGACAAGGCCAGCAGCAACAUCAACGACAAGGCCAGCAGCAACAUCAACGACAAGGCCAGCAGCAACAUCAACGACAAGGCCAGCAGCAACAUCAACGACAAGGCCAGCAGCAACAUCAACGACAAGGCCAGCAGCAACAUCAACGACAAGGCCAGCAGCAACAUCAACGACAAGGCCAGCAGCAACAUCAUCGACAAGGCCAGCAGCAACAUCAACGACAAGGCCAGCAGCAACAUCAACGACAAGGCCAGCAGCAACAUCAACGACAAGGCCAGCAGCAACAUCAACGACAAGGCCAGCAGCAACAUCAACGACAAGGCCAGCAGCAACAUCAACGACAAGGCCAGCAGCAACAUGAGACCAACAUCAUCAGCAACUCGAACUAAAUCAUCAGCAUCAUCAAGGAGACUAGCAACACCAACUCAUUAUUACUUAUGGCUCAUAUCGAUGGCCCUUCCAAGGUCGAACUCCCUCUUCCAAGGUCGAACUCCCUCCCCCAAGGUCGAACUCCCUCCCCCAAGGUCGAACUCCCUCUCCCAAGGUCGAACUCCCUCUCCCAAGGUCGAACUCCCUCUCCCAAGGUCGAACUCCCUCUCCCAAGGUCGAACUCCCUCUCCCAAGGUCGAACUCCCUCCCCCAAGGUCGAACUCCCUCUCCCAAGGUCGAACUCCCUCUCCCAAGGUCGAACUCCCUCUCCCAAAGUCGAACUCCCUCUCCCAAGGUCGAACUCCCUCUCCCAAGGUCGAACUCCCCCCUUCCCCCAAGGUCGAACUUCUGACGUUCUGCAGGAUGCAACCUUGCAACAGUGGUCUGUCUCCUGGGUAUCUGCUGCUGGGCAAAGAGAGGCAUAAGGUGAAAGGAAACAGGCCUACCUACGCCUAUGACCGUCUCAGACCCAGGACCAUUUUGGCAACAAAUAUGGAUAAGGCCAGCCCUCAAGCAUGGUAUUACUUAGAAAAGAAGAAUAUAGUGAACAUUGAUGAACUCUUUAUCCCGAGUUCUGGGCUUUUGGAGGACAG